AUGUUGAAGUCGCUUGCAGCACGCCAUAUUACCGAAAUGAUCGACGUGCUCAAGGAGAAUUGUCGAUUAAAAGAUGAGGUUUGCCUUCUGCGCCAGAAAGUGGAGAAGAGCCUCGAACUGAAGCAAAAGCUGCGCGACUUGAACGAAAAUUCGGAAUAUCUGGAAUCCGAGGUGCAUCGAUUGCUGAGGAAGCAAAGUCUCCCCAGUGACCAUCGAAGGCGUCCACACGUUACAAGGCCAAUCGUAGAGGACGCUCAGGAUACCGAGGAUGACAGUGUGGCCUACACCGACUUGAGUCAGGUUUCCUCCCGUCUUCCCUUCUCCUUACCCUCUGACAGUCCUCGUGAUGAUGAUGAUGUUGAAGCAACGACACGGCGUUAUCAUCGACCCCGCACUAGCGGUAGUGCGGGUGGCUUAAUGCCCCCGCCUCAACCCCCGUCCCCGCCCCAACGUCCCACUGCCUUCGAGAUCUCUCCUCCUCCACCGACCUCAGGGCGAAUGUCUGGUUGGGAAUAUCAGAUUGCACGAAGUUUAACAUAUUACUGCCACUGUGGUGCUGGAGCCAUACCUAAGAUAAAUGGCGGUCUGCUGUGUCUCCUCCUAAGUCCUCAUCUGUUUUUCUUCCCUUUUGCCGCACUAGCACGCGAUGAUUCUGUGGAGCCUUCCAUUGCAAGCAAUGUGACGCAGACUUAUCCAGCUGCCAACAGCGGGAACAUUCGGGUACACAGUACCAAAAACGUCCCUACCCCAGAAAGACCCGGCAAGUUGCUCAUGGACAAGUCGAGGACACAGCGCGAGGUAGUAAACAUUAAUGAAGAGGUGGUCAUAAAACGGCCGAAGGGUAAGGCGGGUCAUCGGGUCGGUAUCUUCAUUUCAUUGCUUUUCAUACCUUUUUCAGAGGAUCUAUUUGCUCGUUUGGCCGAGCUUCGACGACGUAACAACCUUCAGCCUUUCCAUCUGCGCACAAACUACCCUGUGGAGACUCAAGUUCGUUCUGAUGAUUGCUUUGUACUAGUCGAAAACGUCCACACACUCAUUGCUUUCGAAUUUGAUAGUUUUGUAGUGUUUGAACGGCAGUAUUUGCUGCGCAGUCCAACUGAGCUCUACACGAUGCUGCAGACGGUUCACAAGAGCGAUCUGGAGCAGCACCAACAUCAUUCAGAAGGGCAUACGUCAGCAGCAUCAGGAUCGGGAAGGGAGGCUUCACCGAUGCCUGCUGGCCGCUCGCUGCGUCCCAAAGGCCUCCAGUCGAUAUCAGAGGUGCUGUUGACCGGAGCCUCGGGUAUUGUGAGCGCGGAGCAUCUUGACCUCUCCUCCACUCGAGCUCGACCCACUGAGUCUUUACUCCUACCUCGUGGUGGACACAGUACUACUGGGAUCGCAUCUGCACGAAAUUCCAGUCCACCUCGUGCCACUGCUAAGAAGCCUCCUCUGGCCUUCGAAGUGGAACUAAGUCCUCAUCAUAAACGGAGAACGGCUCCACCUCUAAGUCAGCGGAAAACUACCUCCGAGGAGGACGUCAAGCGUCCGAACGGUGCUACCUCUGGAAGCACCGAGGAAAAGGCACCACCUUUAGCCAAAGUUUCCCCGGCAUCACCUGCCAACCCUUCUACCUCAAAAUCCGGAAAGGAAUGGUCAUCUUCUCUUGCAGGCCAAACCGGCACCAGUAACAACAAAUUCGCGGCGGCCAUUGAAGGAGGCGACUGGAAAGAUUUGACUGGAAUGGAAUCUGACAGUCCAGUUGGCAACUUUGAGGCCUUCGUCGAUUCUGUUUUACAGCAGCCUCUGUCAUUUGUUGACAUAGAGAGGCUAAAAGUUGAAAAGGAGAAGUCGCGCGCUGUUAACAAGUCAAAUCCAACUCACGCCCUUGAUGAUGUUUUACGCUCCCUUGUCAAUAAUUGUUUCGCAUCUUUAUCUUCUGAUCUUAGGAAAAAAUUCGGAAAAGACUUUAGCAAGGUAAAAGCCCUCACAUUCUCACAACUGAAGCCUUUGGCUGGCGAUAAAUUUGCAUUACCACGUUUGGAUUUUGAGGCAUGGGUUCAGGCCGCUUUCGCCGAAAAUCUUGCCACAAUGAUUCCACUGAACCUACAUUCCCUUCAAUGUCAUUCUUCCGAAUUCACAAUUGAGCCGUCGAGCUCACCUUAA